UUGAUUGUUGUUUUAUCCAAAAAAAAAAAAAAAUUCUAACAAGAUUCAGACAUUGGUUAUUGAGAAGUCAAAACGCCCAGCUGAACUCUCUCUUCCACCUUCACGGCGGAGCGAUGGGGGAUGCGAAAGUGGAAACUAUAGCAAGACUAGCCCAGUGGAAAAUCGACAGUUUCGGGCCAACCACUCCUUACAAAAGAUCCGACGCUUUUAAGAUCGGCAUAUGGAACUGGCAUUUAUCAGUGGAGAAGAGCCGUUCAAUGUACAUCCGGCUUUUCCCCGAACCAUCACGGGUUUCCAAGGAGCAGCCGCCAGUUGCCCGGUUCGUCAUACGCGUCACCACCGCCGGCUCUAAUCGCAGACCCUAUAUCUCCCCCAUUCAUGAGAGACUGCUUCGCACGAGUGAUGACUUUGCUUGCCCUGUUGAUAUAAAUUGCCAAGGCCGAUUCAUCAUUGACGUUGAGUUUCUGGACCUUAAGAUCUGCCCGCUAAAUGAUGGAGAGGCCAGUUCCAUAUGGCCCAGUGAUGCCAUCAUGCAAAAUCUAGCAACUCAAACUACUCUCAAAUGUCUCUCUCGCAUGCUUGACGAGUCUAUCCAUUCUGAUGUCACCAUCAACACCGCAGAUGGCAAACUACAAGCUCACAAAGCAAUUCUUUCCGCAAGCUCUCCCGUCUUCCACAGUAUGUUCCGGCAUAACCUCAAGGAGAAAGAGUCUUCAACAAUUGACAUUGAAGAUAUGACUUCCGAGUCCUGCAUAGCCCUUCUUACUUACUUGUACGGAGCUAUAAGCCAGGAAGAGUUUUGGAAGCACCGGUUGGCAUUACUGGGUGCAGCAAACAAGUAUGACAUCAUACAGCUGAAGGAUGCUUGUGAGGAAAGUCUACUAGAAGACAUUAACUCGGGAAACGUCCUCGAGAGGUUGCAAGAGGCGUGGCUCUACCAGCUGAACAAAUUGAAGAAAGGAUGUUUGACGUAUCUGCUUGAUUUUGGCAAGAUUUAUGAUGUUAGAGAAGAAAUGAAUGAGUUCUUCAGAAAAGCUGAUAGAGAACUCGUGGUAGAGAUGUUCCAAGAGCUGCUUGCAGUCUGGAAACCAACAUAAAUAGCCUUCUCACUGCUUAUUGUUAGCACGUAUGUUUACACUCUUGUAAAGCGUGUACGAGUCUUGUGAUUUGGAAAAGCUGGAGACUUCUGGAGUUGUCUCUUCCGUGUACUCAAGUGAAUGAAUCUAUCCAGGUUAAUGCUCAUGUA